AUGGGAAACCAUGGUUGCACCGUUGCACCAUUGAAAUACAAUUUCCAUUGCACAGGACUGUCCUGGGAGAUUUGCUUUGAAGGUGGUUUGACCGAGCUGGCCGAGGAGACAUCCAAUCCCAACCGCAUGAAACUGAUGUUCACCGUGGGUGCCGUGGCAAUUGUAGUGCCGGCUUGGAGGAUGUAUGUGGUGAAGCGCGUUGUGGACUUGAAGAACAAAGCCAAGGAGCGGAUGGAAGCCAAGAGGAAGAUCGCAAGCGGUGAAACCCCUGAAGCCAUGCAGAUGCUUUGGCUAGCACCAAAAACGGAAGAGGAGAUGCUGCUGGCAGAGCAAACCCAAGAUUCAGCGCAAAAAUCGUAUCGAUCAUCCGGUUGUGCAUUUCAGUAA